AUGACUAAGCGCGCUGUGGAGUUGCUGCAGAACCACAAGGUCCGCGAAGGCCGAAAGCGGAAUGUGGGCAUCGAUGGGGAGACCAACGAACGAUGGUGUUUUUGCAAAGAGGGGUCCAGUGGAAGCAUGAUUUGCUGUGAUGCCAGCGAUAUUGAUGGCGCAACCCUUAUUAUGUCAAUGAAGCUCGAACUGCGAGAUCCUCCGUUGCCAAAUGCUUAG